CCAUCUAAUCUAAUUCACUAUAAAUACCGGUACCCUAUAAUUGUAUCACUCCAUCAUACACUACUCAACAUAUUAAGUGUCCUACAAUCUCCAAUAGCUUAAAUGGGGUCUACAGACUUAUCCGUUUUAACUCUAUUCUGCUUGGCUCUUGCGGGAAUCGUUGCAUCUCAUUCUGACAUUGAAGGAAAACUACUCUUUUUGGAAAAUGACCUAUAUCCUGGCAAGAAAAUGAGCGGCCUAGGAAAGCUUUCCAAUGUUCUACCUUUUCGAACAAUAGGAUGGUUACCGAUCGAAAAAUCAACUCAACAAUCAGGAAAUGUCGUUGAAAAAGAGAGUUAUAGUCUUGAUGAGAUUUGUGGAGGCCCAGCUGCUAUUGGAGAAGACAAAUUUUGUGCAACAUCCUCUGAAUCAAUGAAGGAUUUUGCCAUUUCAAAGCUUGGGACGAAAAUUAAGUCAUAUUCAGGCUAUUUCGCCAAAAAUCAGGACCAAUAUGUGGUGGAAGAAGUAAAGAAAAUUGCGGACAAAGGUGUGAUGUGUCAUAGAAUGAAUUUCGAGAAACUUGUAUUUUAUUGUCAUCAAGUCAAUGCAUCAACAACUUAUAUGGUUCCAUUGGUUGCUUCCGAUGGAACUAAAGUUAAUGCAUUGGCAGCUUGCCACCACGAUACAAGAGGUAUGAAUCCAAAUUUGCUUGACGAAGUUCUCAAAGUGAAGCCCGGAACCAUUCCUGUCUGUCAUUUUGUUGGUAACAAAGCUGUUGCUUGGCUACCUAUUCCUGUUGUGGGUGACUCUGAUGAUCGUCCUUGUGCUAUCUAGAUGCUAUUUGGUUAUAUAUGCACAUUACUUUAAGGUGAUGAAUAUGGAGAAAUGUGAUGUGCAAAUAUAUAGUGUGAUCAAUGUAUUUGAAAUAAUUAAAACUAGUUCUAAACUAGCUAUUAGAACUAUGGGUGUGUAUUUGUGCAUGUUUGUUAAUUUCCUAUGGUGAGUAAAAUGAUGUAUGUUUGAAUUUGAUAAUGCUAAAAAUAAAUGUCUUACAUUUCA